CUAAACUUCGCUCUCCGCGUUUCAGUGGUCCUUGUAAAAGAAAUGAUGGAUUUGGAGUAAAGGCUAAUGUGUCCUUCACAGUUCAUCAUGGCCGAAUUCUUGGGCUUCUGCUGGAGGAACAAAUCUUGAGGUGUUGCCUUGAGGAUGAAAGGAGAACACGGAAUUGCAAUACGUGCCACCAUUGUCAUCCUCGUCGUCGCAGUAUCAUCCUUUCGUCUGGCUUCGUGUCUAAGUCGUGAUGGACUUGUGCUGCUCUCUCUCUCUAAAGGAUGGGUUCUUCCUGAACAAGUAAGCGGAACCUGGAAUGUUUCGGAUGCUACUCCUUGCAUGUGGAGAGGUGUUCUUUGCAAUCGCCUACACAGGGUGGUAAGCAUCAAUAUGAGCCAAGUUGGUGUUUCUGGCAAGUUGGUAUCUGAGAUAGGGCUCUUGGCCCAUCUCCAGAAGGUCGACCUCGCCGGAAACAACCUAUCUGGAGAAAUCCCGGCGACGCUUGGUAACUGUACAGAGCUGGUGUACCUAGACCUGUCAAUGAACUUCCUCAGUGGCCCAAUUCCUGAGAGCUUUGGAAGGUUGAAAAGACUGAGCUCCCUGUCACUCUACGGGAACUUCUUGAACAAUGGCCUUCCGAGGACUCUGUUUCAGCUUCCGCUACUGGAAACGCUCUACCUGAACCAGAACAACUUCUCUGGCAUAAUUCCAGACAGUAUGGGGAACUUAACGACGUUGAGAAUUGCUUGGUUGAGUGACAAUUGCCUCUUCGGUGUCCUUCCCGAAUCGAUUGGCAAUUGCACCCAACUGACGGAACUUUAUCUGUUCAACAACCAGCUGGUUGGUUCAUUGCCCCCGACGUUGAACAGAAUCAGUGGCCUUGGUUAUGUUGAUGUUCACCGGAACAGGUUCAGUGGAAGAGUUCAGAUUGGUGAUGGUGGGUGUGGAAGCUUGAAUGUAUUAAUAUUGUCCUUCAAUAGUUUCAGUGGUCAAAUCCCAAUGCAGUUGGGAAACUGCAGUGAACUCGUGGCGUUAGCCAUGGUAGACAACAGUUUAAGCGGCUCUAUUCCCGCUUCCUUCGGCUCCCUGACGAAGCUCUCGCAGCUCUACCUGUCAAAGAACCAGUUGUCGGGGUCGAUUCCUCCAGAGAUCGGCAACUGUGCAUCAUUGACUGAUUUGCAGAUAAAUGAGAACCAGCUCCGUGGAAGGAUUCCUUCUCAGAUUGGUAAGUUAACCAAUUUACGAACACUUUCAUUGUUCAUUAAUUCUCUCGAUGGUGGAAUUCCACCUGAAAUCCUGAGAAUUCCCACCCUGGAAGUUCUUUUUCUUUAUAAUAACAACCUUUCUGGGGAGGUGCCUCCUGAAUUGGCGGAGACGAAGAUGCUGAGGAACCUUUCUUUGUUUAAUAAUCGGCUUUCUGGAGCGUUACCGCCCAGUUUUGGGUCGAGUAGUAGUUUACAAUCGAUAGAUUUGACGAACAAUCAAUUCACUGGUUUCAUACCAACUAGCAUUUGCUUGAACAGGAAGCUAAAAAUUCUAGAUCUUGGACACAACUUUUUCAAUGGUAGUAUACCUCUUGAAGUAGGGAAAUGCACUAGUCUGACAAGGAUGAUACUUAGUAACAACAACUUAAGUGGCAGUCUUCCAGAAUUCUCAAAGAAUUGCGGCCUAUCCUAUAUGGACAUAACAGGAAAUCUCAUUGAGGGAUUUAUCCCUCCCAGCAUCCGCUACUGUACCAAUCUCACAUCUAUUAACUUGUCUUCCAAUAAGCUCAAUGGCAUUCUUCCUCAAGAGCUAGGAAACCUUCGGGAUUUGCGUCGUCUUGUUCUGUCCCACAACAAUCUGCGUGGUCAACUACCUGUCCAGAUCUCCAACUGCAAGGAGCUAUACUUAUUGGACCUGGGUUUUAAUAGCUUGAGUGGUUUGAUUCCAUCUAGCCUAGCAGGUUUAAAUAAAAUGCAAUAUCUGAUGCUCCAAGAGAACCGAUUCACAGGUGGCAUACCUGAGUUCUUAUCUGCAUUUGGUAGGCUGUUAGAACUCCAACUUGGAGGAAACAUGCUUGGGGGAGAUAUCCCUCCCUCACUGGGAGAAAUACAGAGCCUGGAUAUUGGAUUAAAUAUCAGUUGCAAUGGGCUAGUUGGUCAAAUUCCGCUGCAGCUAGGCCAACUGUAUAAACUUCAAAGUUUGGAUAUAUCUCUCAACAAUCUGACUGGUAACCUAUCGCCAUUGGUUGGUCUUCAGUCGAUACUUCAAGUGAACGUUUCUCAUAAUCACUUCGUUGGUGCGAUCCCACAUUCAUGGGUGAAGUUUCUAAACAUUUCCCCUACAUCUUUUCUGGGCAAUUCAGGACUGUGCAUUCCUUGCCUUCAGGACGACAUAAUCUGUGACGACGGCAUCUUGGCUCGCUGCAAAGCCACCAAAUCAGAUCACAGAACGACUAGAGUUAUGGUCGUUGCGAUAGUUCUUGGGGCUAUUUUUCUUUCUGUACUCUUAUUGACGGUUGUCAAGUUGCUUCCUCUUAGCCAUCCACAUUCCAACGUAGCAGAAUUACAAUUACAGGAAGGGCCGUCUUCCAUGUUGAACCGGGUAAUGGAAGCAACUGGGAACUUGAACCAGCAAUAUAUCAUCGGAAGAGGAGCACAUGGCACCAUUUAUAAAGUGGAACAUGGUCUGGGGAAACCAUAUGUAGUGAAGAAGAUUGAUUUCAAAGGUCGUAAAGGACCUAACAAAAGUAUGAUGAAAGAAAUUCAAACUCUUGGCAGCAUAAAGCACAGGAAUUUGUUAAAGCUGGAAAAUUUUUGGUUCAGAGAUAGCCAUGGAUUGAUCUUGUACGAUUUCAUGGAAAAUGGAAGUCUUCACGAUGUUUUACAUGAAGUCAGACCACCUCCACUUUUAGAAUGGAAUGUGAGAUAUAGAAUUGCUCUAGGGAUUGCACAAGGUUUGGCAUAUCUGCACCACGAUUGCAACCCUGCUAUAAUACACAGGGACAUCAAACCGAAGAAUGUUCUAUUAGAUUCGGAAAUGGAGCCCCAUAUAUCAGAUUUUGGUAUUGCAAAGCUCAUGAAACUCUCAUCCACAGGGCCUCCUUCCAGCUCCGUAGUGGGCACCCCAGGGUAUAUGGCACCAGAGAUGGCAUUUUCAACUUUGAAGAGCAAAGAAUCUGAUGUGUAUAGCUAUGGAGUUCUCCUCCUUGAACUGCUAACUAGGAAGAAGGCGCUAGAUCCUUCUUUUGGUGAGGAGAUGGACAUUGUCGGCUGGGUUAAUGCUACUCUAAUCAGCAGCAAUAAAGUCAUUGAUCCAUGUCUCACAGCAGAAUUCCUGGACUCCUCGAUCAAAGAGGAGGUAAGCAAAGUGUUGUUGAUUGCUAUGCGAUGCACUGCGAAAGAUCCAAGUGGAAGACCUACGAUGAGGGGCGUGGUGAAAAGAGUGCUCGACAUAAAAGCUACUAAGCUUGAGUAAAACGAUGGGUACUGUCAAGCCUUUUUAUUUCAAAAGUUGUGGUGAAAACAGAAAUUUGGUGUACCAUGUUUUCUAAGCAUAUCUGUACGUCCUACUUAGCACACAGCCUUUGAAGGCUUUGAGUAUCUCAUGAGGAGCUUUUUCCAACAUUUUUCCCAUUUUUUCUUUAUGAGAUUUUAAAUUUCACUGUGAUAACACAAUAUCGAUAUUUUAACCCACAUUCAACGCAGGAUGGCCGCUUA